AUGGGUCGCUACAGUGGACAAACUUGUCGGUUGAUCUUCAUGUUGACCGCUACCGGGAUCUUUUUCAUAGCUGAGCUUGUGGCGGGUUACAUGGGGAACUCCAUCGCGCUUGUGUCGGACUCGUUCAAUAUGCUCUCGGAUGUUAUCUCGCUCUCUGUGGGGCUGAUAGCAGCACGUGUGAGGAGACGACCCUCUUCGGCGCGAUGCUCCUACGGGCUCGUCCGGGUCGAGGUACUGGGCGCAUGGGCCAAUGCUGUGUUUCUGUUUGCAGUACGCCUGUCAGUGUCCGCACAGGCACUUCAACGGCUCGCUGUACCCGAAGCCAUCGACAACCCGCGGCUGGUGCUGGUGGUUGGUGCCAUUGGACUUGGUGUUAAUGUUGUGGGGCUGCUUGUCUUCCAGGACUGGGGGAGCCUAUGCAGGAGGAGGGCACCCCGAGUCCACCAGGACAUUGAACCAAAGAGUGAUGCAAACCCAGAAGCAGGCUUUCAGCAGGAAGAUUUGCAUGAAGAUGAUGAAAUUCAAGAUGAAGGUCAUCAUCUUAAUAUUAGAGGAGUUCUACUCCACAUGUUCAAUGAUGCUUUGGGGUCCGUGGUAGUGGUGGUGACCUCAGUUCUGUUCUACAUCUGGCCCUUGGAGUCGAACGUCCCUUGUAACUGGCAGUGCUAUGUGGAUCCCAGCCUGACACUGAUCAUGGUGGCCAUCAUCAUGCCCACAGCUAUUCCUCUGGUCAGAGAAACGGCAACCAUCCUGCUGCAGGUCAUUCCUCGUGGUUUGCCCUUCAGAAAAAUAUUGGAAGAGGUGUGUACACUACCUGGUGUCCUGAGUGUCCAUGAUGCCCACCUGUGGGAGUUAACAAAGGGUCUACACGUGGCCUCACUGCAUGUAAGAGUCUCCACAGAGCUCCAGAGCUCCCUGUCUGGAAUCAAAACGCUCCACAGACAGAUAAGGGAUGUUUUUCACAGAUUUGGCAUCCACAGUGUGACUGUUCAGCUCGAAUUCGGUGAUGGAAGCCUGGAGAAAAGCUACUGUAGCACUCCAUGCUCAUCCCCCAGCUGCUUGAAACUUUCCUGCUGCCCUCCUGAUGCGGCCGGACUCCCGGUGUGCAUAGCAAACCCGGCUGUUUACAGUGGAGAUUUUACUACAGAGAAGCAUGACAUGAGCAGCGUGCUUAAAGAACAGGAGGCCAAACAGUUAGCAAAAACAUAUCAGACAAGGUUUUAA